AUGGUCGUCUACUCCUUCUACAUCUUUGACCGCCACGCGGAAUGCAUUUAUAAGCGCCGGUGGCUUAAUCGCCCGGCCUCGAUCGUGGGCAAGUCCUCGCGGUCCGUCGAUACACAACCCCAAGCCAGUACCAUGGGAUCUGGUCAGACCGUUCGGUCUGGAGACGAUGAUGCAAAGCUGGUUUUCGGCACAGUCUUUUCGUUGCGGAAUAUGGUGCGCAAGUUGGGAGGAGAGGAAGACAACUUCGUUUCCUACUCCACCAGCCAAUACAAGCUUCACUAUUACGAAACGCCGACCAAUAUUAAAUUUGUGAUGCUGACGGACUUGAAGAGUCCCAGCAUGCGCAUCGCUCUGCAGCAAAUCUAUAUCAAUCUCUUUGUGGAAUAUGUGGUCAAGAAUCCUUUGUCUCCUACGGAGCACCCAGGGGGCGUAGGCGUGAACAACGAGCUCUUUGAAGAAUCGUUGGAGCAGUUUGUGACUCGAGUUCUGGCAUGA